CCACAACAUCGCGUCAAGAAUUUGAUCAGCAGCGAGCCCGAAGUGUCAAACAACCUUAAGGACGACCAGUUAAUUUUACAGGUGGACCGCGUUUGAAAACAGGAGUGAGAGGGAAGAAUUGUAACUGAAAGUUGCGAAAAAGGGAAAUCCAGUCCAAUUAUGACACCCAAAGACUACCUAUUAAAAUUGCCAGAAUCUUUUACUGUAACUAGCAUUAUAUCGGCUCUAUUCAAAUGUGUAAGGUCAACUAUAACUUGCACCCUAUCAAUUCCAGGAAAAUGUGUAAGAUUGCCAGAAUCUUUUACUGUAACUAGCAUUAUAUCGGCUCUAUUCAAAUGUGUAAGGUCAACUAUAACUUGCACCCUAUCAAUUCCAGGAAAAUGUGUAAGGGAAUUAAACCACUACAAUCAAGAUGCUGAAGAAAUCCUCAGGAGAUACAAUGCUGAGGGUUACAUUGUUCAAAGAGAGUGGAAUGAAAUGCUUACUUGUCAGGAUAUAGAGACGGUGGAUCGAAGCAGAGUAAAUAAUGAUCUACAUGUGUCAGAAGACAAUAAAAUGAUAUCAUUCCAGGCAAAGUGUCCUGGUGGAAGAGUGGAGUGGCCCUGUGCUUUGGCUAAGGAGUUGGAAAGUGGGAAGCACUGCUGGAUACUAGAAGUUGGAGAAAAAAGUAGCUGGGCUGUUGGGGUGGCUUCAGAAACCAUUUUAAAAAAAAUGUCAAUUCCUGACUCUUGUAAAGAAGGCUACUGGUAUAUCAAGCUGUUUAAAGGGAAGAGGUUCCAAGCCUUUUCAAGCUCUAUGACUGACCUUAGCCAAAACCCCAAAAAAAUCGCAGUGUAUCUGGACUUUGACAAGAGUGAACUUUUAUUUGUUGAUUUGGAGACACAAAUCACCAUACACAAAUUUAAAGAGCAGUUCUCUGAAAAAUUAUACCCUUUGUUCAGCCCAGGAAUACACGACAAAGGCCCACUUAUAUUGCAAUCCGUAUCCCAAAAAGAUGUUAAAGAAACCCUUGGAAGACAUACUUCUUUACUACUUCAGCUGCUAUUUGAUGUUAGAGAAAUUCUUGGAAAAUACAUCUCUUUGUUACGUCAGCGGCUGAAUGAUGUUAAAGAAACCCUUUGGAUAUUCUUCUCUUUACUACUUCAUCCUCAGAAUGAUGUUAGAGAAAUUCUUGGAAAAUACAUCUCUUUGUUUCGUCAACGGCCGAAUGCUUCUUUACUACUUCAGCUGCUAUUUGAUGUUAGAGAAAUUCUUGGAAAAUACAUCUCUUUGUUAUAUCAGCGGCAGAAUGAUCCUGAGAGGUUCACUCUUGAUACAGAGUGGAAUGAAAUGCUUACUUCUCAGGAUAUAGAGACGGUGGAUCGAAACACAGCACAUGGCGAUCUUCAUGUGUCAGAAGACAACAAAAGGAUAUCAUUCCAAGGAAAUGUAAAGUGUCCUGGUGGAAGAGCGGAGUGGCCCUGUGCUUUGGCUAAGGAGUUGGAAAGUGGAAAGCACUGCUGGAUCCUAGAAGUUGGAGAAAAAAGUAGCUGGGCUGUUGGGGUGGCUUCAGAAACCAUUUUGAAAAACUUGUCAAUUCCUGACUCUUGUAAAGAAGGCUACUGGUAUAUCAAGCUGUUUAAAAGGAAGAAGUUCCAAGCCUUUUCAAGCUCUACGACUGACCUUAGCCAAAAACCCAGAAAAAUCGCAGUGUAUCUGGACUUUGACAUGGGUGAACUUUCAUUUGUUGAUGUAGAGAAACAUGUCGUCAUUCACAGAUUUAAAGAGCAGUUCUCUGACAAAUUAUACCCUGUGUUCAGCCCAGGAAUACAUGAUAAAGGGCCACUUAUAUUACACUCCAUCCCACAAAACAAAACCAAUUGAAAAUGAGAUCAUUCAGAACACUAAUAUGCACUUACUGUAUAUAUUAUUGUAUUACUAACUGUAAUAUACACUAACAUGUCACAAAAGUUUGGUAUGGAGACUUUUGUAUCUAUUUUUUUUAUAUUUUUCAUGCUGGUGGUGGUCUGCAUUAGCUGUCAAGUUGUUUUUGCAUUCAUCACAAUCUUCAAUCAUACAUUUCUGUUCAGUACUAACGUCAAUAGAUAUUAUUUAUGACACAAUAACAAAAUGAAAAAGAUUAAUAAAACUGCACAUGGCUAUGCUUGUGCUGUACUCUGAGUUCUGAGGUUGACGUAACUAGAUAACGCUUUGUGCUGCAGCUGAAGGAGAUCUAAACAAGUCACGCUUCACUCUGGACAGUUGAAACGUCUGACAGUCUUACAGCUGCACUUAAGUGUCUUCUUCUCCUCCUGCUUCUCUCACUUCUUUCCAAUUUGUUCCCUCACUUGAUUCUGAUGAUGUCCACGCCACCUGCUUCCUGCCACUCAUUUUUAAAAUGGAGCACAGCCAAGCCUGCCUGCCCCCCCAGUCCACACUGAAUCACACCAAUCUUGACCCACACUUUGGAUUCCUAAAGGAAAGUGUGAGGGGAGACUUUAACAAUCCAGAAAGGACCCCCACAUCCUGGAGUUUUAAAUUGGACCCUGAAAAAUGCAAAAAGUAUAAUAAGAUUAACAGAAAGCAGACCACCGGUGUAAUAUUAGCUUGCUACUUUUUUUAACUUUGACCUGAGUCUGUGAAAUUUAAUAAAAUAUCAGGAUUGUUUUUAUACUACAAUAAUAUUAGCAGUACACAUAAUUUGUUCACAAAUCACCUGUGUAGUGGAUCUGAACUCUGCUUACUUAUUAAAAUCAUGUUUACAGAUUGAGAAAUUCAGCUGCCGGUGGUCAAAGAUGUAUUUUAUUUUAUUUUAGAUACAACAGCUUGUUAAUAUUACAAAAUAAACUUUUUUGCCAAACA